AUCGGAGAUGGAGUUUAGUGUGGUAAAGGUUGAGCAAGGGGAGCGCUUAUGGGACUGUGGAUCCUGGUAUGCUAAUUGGAAUAGCAUAAUGGGAGCAGCAUGGUGGCUAUGGUUCGAUGGUAUCCAUGAGGCAUACAGCGAUAAGGUAUACCAGCGGCUAGUGUGCGAUGCACUUGCUCAAGCUAGGAUGCAGGUAGCCACCUUUGACCUCCGGAGGGAUGUUACCGAUACUCAAAGAUGGAGCAACGGUAGCGCUGCCCUUGCAGAGAGAGGAGGGGUCGCAAUAGCCAUCCAAUCAAUACCGUAUAUGGGAUCAGAGGUGAUGACCUCCGUUGAUUACACAAGCAAUAUCGGUAUCGAGCCAGAUAUCAGGAAUACUGACCGCCAAACAUCAAACGUAGAUAAAAUGUCAAGGGUCGUCUUGUCUUCAAGGAUUGGCUACUCGGGUAGAAUUGUAAAUUACUCUAGUAAUAUGAGUCCGGUGCACUUAUCAUCUAUCCACUUCGGAGCUGCAAAGGAGGAAAACUCAACACUAGGAGCCACAGGUGCCAGCCACAUUUCCCAGGGCCAUCAAGCCGAAACAUUUUUAGAGACUCAGAGCCAAUCAGAUGCGAACCUACAGGAUACUAUUCAAGAUCUCUGCACGAAUGAAGGGGCCAGUUUUGAGCUAUCACAGGAAAAUGGCUACUCGACGCUCAAACAAUACACCACAGGAGGCUCGAUCCCACACCAGCACCCACCUAUAUUGGGUCCAUCCCAUCGUCGCCAGAGAGCUAUAAGCGGUGGUGCCCGCAGUAGCAGCUAUGCAGGCCCUAUUCGAGAGUUCGGGAUGGGCCUUGGAAUAGACGGUAUCCAUACUGACAGUGGCACCGGUUUGAAACUCAGUAGCGGAUUGUUAAGCUGGUCUGAGGAGCCAAGUCAAAGCAGGGAUUAUGCUACGCGGCCCCUACAGCAACAGCAACAG